CUAAGCUUGUGGAAGGAUGGCUUUAUAUAUCGAUGGCAUCUCACAACAGAGCCAUCACAGCUGAGUAUUCCUGAUGUAUAUGAACAAUGCUAUAAUUUUUUUGAUGGAUGUUUUUGAAGAGUAGAUUCCUUCAAUACAUAUUGUUCUAUGCAUCUUGGCCACAGGUCACAUUCAAGGGUGUGUCUCGUGAUGUCAAUGACGAACUUGAAAUUAUUUUACUUCCUCUUUCACCGUCGCCAUGAGCAUUCUUGGUUCAGCGUCUCUCUGAGCCGCAGUCAGAAACUCUCUUUGCGUGAAGCCACAGAAUAUAAAAUUUGUAUUUAAUUUUGUUUAAACAGGUGAGAACACAACAGGCCAGGACAGUCUCAUUUAUAAGAAAGACCUGGGUCUCCAAAAUGGCAAAUGCAACUCCCAAUGAGAGUGCAGACAGUGAGCUGCACUGCCCCGUCUGCCUGGACACGUUCGUGUGCCCCUGCACGCUGAGCUGUGGACACUCAUUCUGCGUGCGGUGUCUGGAGGCUGCCUGGGAGACAGUGAACAGCUUCAGCUGCCCGCAGUGCCGAGCGAUCUUCCCGGUGCGACCCCAGCUGAGGAGGAACGUGGCGCUAUCCAACCUGGCGGAGCAGCUCAGAGUUGGAGACAGGAUGGCCACGAUCACCAUGUGUGACGAGGAUCAAAUGUGCCAUCAGCACAGAAAGGAGCAGCUCAAGUUCUAUUGUGAACAAGACGAGAGCCUGGCCUGCACAGUCUGCACCAUUGCAGGAGACCACUCCGGACACAAGGUCAUCGCAGUGGAGACAGCGCAACAGACAAAACAGGAUAUUAUCUGCCUGGAGAAGACAAAGAGAGAAAAGAACAAGGAGAAGGUGGUAUCAUGGACACAGCAGCUCAGGGGCACCUAUGCACGUACUCAGGAAUCUCUGCGUGGGACCAAGGAGCGGAUCAGCCUAGAGUUUGAGCGCAGGAGGGAGCAGCUAAGUGAGGAGGAGAGGGAGGCUCUGGAGCGCGUGGACGAGGAGGGCCGCUCCGUGCUGUCCCGGAUCCAGGCGGACAUCGCUCGCUACGAGAGCAGAGCACGGGACCUGGAUCAGGAAAUCACCCAGCUACUCUCCGCAAUCAAUGUGCAGGAUCCACUUUCCUUCCUCCAGCAUCCCAUGCAUGAGAAGCUCAGGAGCUCGGUUUCUCAGGAUGAUCCUGCUCCAGUCUCUCGCCACCUGGACUUGGCAAAGGUCAUCUCAGUUGGAGGCAUCAAAACGAAUCUCCUGGCUGUUUUGUAUGGACACGCACCAACUCUGGAUAUAAACUCAGUCAAUAACGAUGUCCAGAUAUCCUCGGACCUCAGGACGGUCACGUGGACCAAUGUCUCCCAGGGGCGUCCCCAUCACCCACACCGGUUUGAUUCAUGGCCACAAGCCCUGUGCUCUGAGAGCUUCUCAUCAGGCCAGCAAUACUGGGAGGUGGAUGUGGGGGGCUCGGGGUCUUGGCGGGUUGGAGUCGCCUACGAGACGACGCCACGGAAAGGGAGUAGUGAAGCCUGUUCCCUGGGAGGGAACAAAGAGUCUUGGAGUUUAAGAAAAAAUAACAACAGAUACUCAGUGCACCAUGGAGGGGGACGGACCUCACUGUCAGUGCCGGAGCCUCCCCGGAGAGUUGGGGUUCAUCUGGACUGGGACGCAGGGCUCCUGUCGUUUUACAGCGCCGACUCCAUGGCUCUGUUACACUCGUUUCACCAAACCUUUGCUCAGUCUAUCUAUCUUGGGCUGGGAGUUUGGGGUAAGGAUGGUAACGCAGUGACGAUUGUGGAUCUGAGCCAUGUGUCUUGACCGAGAGGAAUGUCGAUGUGGAAACUAUAAAAACCAGGACGGGUAUAAACCCUAUGAAUAAUCGCAGCCUUAGUUUACAGCUCAGGGCUAAAAACAGGCAGUGACCAUAACGACACAUGGGUUUGACCAGAAUGCCCCUUUCACUUUUGAUUGCUGUAACAAAUUAAGUUGGUAUUGGUAUCUGGUGUUUCUGUCUUGGUUUCUUGGGUAUCGGUUUGUUUCUUGGGUUUAUUGUGAUUAAAAUAAAUAUUGUCGUUAAACCUUAGUCUUAUUCUGUCCCUGCUAUUGGUGUCAUCAUCCAUUUUUUUAAAUCUGAAUUCUCAAGUGUAGGAAGUGGAUUGUGUCAGCCCGAUCACGAAUCACUUAAUUUGGCUAAAUUCACUGACACUUUACUCAUGGUAUUGAUGACAUUGAAUGACCACUCUAUAUAUGGCUUAUAAAAUCUCUGCCCUGACUAAGGAUGAAGAGGUAAAAUUACAUUUCCUUAUGGAUAUAUUUUCACAACAAUAUUCAAUACAGCGUGGAUUUGUUGAGCAUCUUAAUGUUUACGCAUCUCAAGCUGCUGUGCAGAAAUAGCCGACGUAUAUUUGUAUACAACAAGCAGGCUUAUAUGGUAGGGAGUCAAUUACAUGGAUGCGUGGGAAUGAGGGCAGCAGAAGAUAAUAUGAUGCUCAGCAAAUUUGGAAUCUAACUGCGGGGGUAAAAAAAGAGUGUACUCAUAUGUAAUAUCAUUAUUUUCAAUCAAAUGAAAAGCAUUGGUUUGCAUUUUGCAAUAAAAAAGAAUGCAUUAAAAUAAAUUGUCAAACUCACGUCCUCAGUUUUCAAUAAGCUGUUGAGUAUCCUGACUUAGUGGGUUGUCUGAAAAAAAUUGUUACUUAAAGGACCCCAUCAACAGACCUGGAAGUCAAGCAGAUUUGAGGCCAGUCAGUACUUAGAUGGGUGGCCACCAGAGCAUUUUAAAUUUUACAUGCGUGGGGGGUUGUGAAAUAAGUAAUUAAUCGAAUUGUGUCUGUGUGGUUCAUGUCUCCAUUGCAACCAACAUCCACAUCAAUCCCCUGUUGGCAUUUAAAGCGGUAAAAAUCGCAGUUGUACUAUUUUACCAUUAGAUGGCAGCAUAGGACAGCUCCACAGACACACUUAACACAAAGAGAUGUUUAAAUUGUGAAAUAUAACUAUUACUAUUUUUAUUUUACCAGGUAAGGCUC